AUGCCUGAAGCCAACUGGGUAAUACGCACAUUCAAUAAAUUGGAGGAGUAUAAGAUAGUUCAGCUUCUGAUAUUGUUCAUCAAGCUGUUCUUUAUCGUGAUCGAAGAAAUCGCAAACGGAAUCUUCAUAACCCUGAGCAGACUGUUCGAAGAGGACGGCCAGAUCGUAAAAGGUGAUGAAUGGAGGGUUCAAGAUCAGGCAAUGAUCCGUCGGCUGCGCGCGCGCCGCUCCCAGCGCCCGCGCCAUCUUGUGGGCGGAGCUUACGAAGCAGUUCGUGUCGGAGCGCAUCUUCCUUUCGACUCAGUGUUCCGUGGAAGCGCUGCGUUGGAAAGAGAAAACGCCGAGCGCAUCGGUCCGGCGGAGAGGCGGGCGUGGGAGUGGUGGGGCGGCGCUGGGCGGCGCGGCGGCGGAGGCGGCGCGCGCGCACUGCCGGCUCGCACGCGCAGCGACGCACACGCACGCGCACGCAUGAAGACCGAGGACCAGAGCACGGAGGAGGCGGCGCGCCGCGCGCCCGCCACGCGCAGGCAGGAGAAGCCACCCUUCUCCUACAUCGCCCUUAUUGUGAUGGCUAUACGGCACUCGCCCAACAAACGACUCACGCUCAGCGAAAUCUAUGCGUUCCUGCAACAACAGUUCCCGUUUUUCCGCAGUUCCUAUCAAGGCUGGAAAAAUUCUGUUCGCCAUAAUUUAAGUUUGAAUGAAUGCUUCGUGAAGUUACCCAAAGGCUUGGGCAGGCCGGGGAAGGGGCACUACUGGACGAUAGACCCUUCGUCGGAAUUUAUGUUCGAAGAAGGUUCGUUCAGAAGAAGGCCGCGUGGAUUCCGUCGGAAGUGUCAAGCGUUAAAGCCUCAAUUCGGGAGCGGGAGCUACCUUUGUGGGGGCGGCGUACCAGCUCUGCCGCCUUCGCAGCCCACGGGCUACGAGCUCGCCAGCGGCAGCGGCGCGGCGUCCGCCGGCGGAGGGUCCAUCGACUACGGAGCGUGCGCGUACUCGCACGCCAGCUCGAGCCAGCAGCUGGCGUACGGCGGGGAGUACUGCGCGUACGGCGCCAUCAACGAGCGCGAGUGGCCGCUGCCGUACGGCGGCGUGGAGCCGGGCUACCGGCCGCCGCCCUCCUCGCCGCCGCCGCACCACGACCUGCCCGACCUCAUCCCCAACUACCAGUACGCCGUGCCCAACGACCACGAAUCCCCUGUUCAUUAUAAAGACUACACCGAAGAAGAAUGGAGACUUUUGAACAAUAUUUAUGAUGAUGUGUUUCCUACUUCACAACUAGAAGAAGACAAGUCUAAUGAAAGUCUGGCAAAUGAUUCCCAUAAUGUUAUACUUGGCAGUGAAGAAGGUACACCAAUGCCAUCACCUGUCUCUGGACAAGACCUUACUUUCGGUAUACCCCUGUCUGAAGACCCCGUAGACGCCCCUAAUGAAGAAAGAUUACUGAUGCAGUUGCUUCCUUCUGGACUAGACCUUCCUAUUGACACAACACCAAACGUAACUGAUGACCCUGUAAAUAUACCAAGUUUAAGUUCACUAAUUUCAAUAUCCGACAGUGAAUUCAGUAAUUCUCCUAAUCCAUCUUCUUCACGCAAGCGCAAGCCGACGUACAAAACUGAUCUUGGUCGUAAACGAAAACGGCACAUCAAAGAUUGGGUCGAUGUUCGUAGAAAAACAUUGACAAACUGCGGGCUACAAUAUGUUUCCAAGAAAGGUAAAAUUGUGCCCGCUAAAUCCAUGAAACCACCAUGUCCUCUAACCUCCCCCCGGGUCAUCCUCCGCCUGAAGCAGGUGCUUACCGCAUACGGAAGCUUCUCUAGACACCUGUUUCGGUACCGGCGAGAGGACAUUGUGAGGACCACCCAGAGGACACGGUGCCCUGCGCUGCUUGGGCUGAGCUCCGCAGCCGUCUCCGCGGGGGUCAGGGAAGUGGUCGGCGGCGGCGAACUCUCGUGUCCGGCCUUAGUCGGUGUAGGCUCAGCUCGCCCCUUGGAUCUCGCCCCUGAUUGCCUCAGUGCAUCAACUCGCUCCUUAAAUUAUAUUAUUAGAUACUCCAACUCGCCCCCGAUUGUUGGGGGCGAGCUGAUACUACACCCCUUAGUCAAGGUCAUGGUGCUUAGUGAGAGGAACUGGGAAGCCGUCUCCUUUUGCUGCGAAGCAGUGAUGGUCGUGGGAGUGCGUGAGGAAACUAUCCUCCUCACACCCCAGCCACUACUGCAGGCGAAUAGUGGACUACUCCAGCUGGGGCCCAACAGGGUAUCUGACACUCCUCUCGCCUCGCCCUGA